GUAGGAAUUUCAACAUGGAUUUGUUUAUAAUUAACAGAUAUAAUGGAGAAAAUGUUGAUGAAGACAUAAUUGAUAGAGAAACAAAACAUCUUCAGAGAUUAAAACAAAAAAUAGAAGAGAGAAAAAAAAGCCAUGAAACACAAAAGGUUUUAGAUGUUAUAACACUUAAGCAGGAUGAAGAAAAAGUCUUAAACAUUGAGAACCAAGUACAUGUGGAAGAAAGUGUUACUGUUGAUCUUAAAGAAGACGCAAAUUACGAUUUACCUGAUGCAAAAAAAUCUGAAAAAAGAAAAAGAGAUACAAAUGAGAAAGGCGCUGAAUUCAAAGUCCUCGGUUUAAAUGAUUUUGAGAAGAAAUCUAAGGUUCAACGAGUUUUACCACAUUGGCUUUCUCAUCCUUACAGUGUAUCAAAAAACCUGCAAAAUUUAAAUUGUAAGGUAGAAGAUCAAACUUGGUUACACAGCAUAUUGAAGACAACAUUACUUAAUGAAGGUGUUACUCAUUUAUUUCCUGUGCAAGAACAAGUUAUACCAUUUAUAUUGAAUGAACAUAAAUUACCAUAUCCACUGUGGCCUCAUGAUAUCUGUGUUUCUGCACCUACUGGUAGUGGCAAAACUUUAACAUUUGUUUUACCAAUUAUUCAGGUAUUAAUGAAUCAACUUGGACAUUACAUUAGAGCACUAAUUGUUUUACCAGUACAAGAGCUAGCUGUACAAGUUUUUAAAGUGUGUAAGAAAUAUUGUACCAAUACAGGAUUACGGACUGCUUUGUUGACGGGUUCAACACCUUUACAGCAAGAACAACAACAACUAAUGAAAUAUACUGAGUCCUUGGGAUGGAUCAGCGAAGUGGACAUCAUUGUGUGCACUGCAGGAAGAUUAGUAGAACAUUUGCAAAAUACCGACGGGUUCUCCUUGAAACAUUUAAAAUUUCUAGUUAUAGACGAGGCUGAUAGGAUCAUGGAUAACAUACAGAAUGAUUGGCUCUAUCACAUGGACAGACAUAUAAGACAUGAAAAUGAAUUGACAUCAAAUAAAGUUCCACAUUUAAAUUGGAAUAGUAUAAGUGAUCAAAAAUCUCUGCCACAUAAGUUACUUUUUUCAGCGACUCUAACACCUGAUCCCGAAUUAUUAGAACAAUGGGGAUUAUUCCAACCGAAACUAUUCUCUGUUGCACCAAUUUCAGAUUUUGAUGGAGGUAGUUUGAUUAAAAAGUAUACAACACCAGAUGAAUUAAUAGAAAACUAUGUGGUGUGUAAUGCUGAAGAAAAACCACUUAUGUUAUUCCAUCUAUUAGUAGAAAAAAAAUGGGAUAAGGUGCUUUGUUUUACUAAUUCAGCACAAUCAGUACACAGAUUGGCUGUACUCCUUAAUGAAUGGGGUAAAGAUCAAUGUCUUAAAGUAGCCGAGUUAUCAUCAGCAUUAGACAGAGCAUCAAGAGAAAAAGUGCUUGAAAAAUUUAAACAAUCAGAAGUUAAUGUGAUAAUAAGCACUGAUGCUUUAGCUAGAGGAAUUGAUAUUCCAGAUUGUAACUAUGUUGUAUCAUAUGACCCACCAAGGAAUAUAAAGACUUAUGUUCAUAGAGUGGGUAGAACGGGAAGAGCAGGUAGGAUAGGACGAGCAGUGACAAUUCUAAACCACAAUCAACUAAAUAUGUUUAAGGAACAAAUACAGUCUAGUGGAAAAAGUGAAAUAAAUCAAUUAGAAGUAUCGGAAGAAUCCUAUAGUCAUUUGUUGCAAAGUUACGAAUCUGCAAUCCAGGAAACAAAACAAAUUAUUCAUACCGAAAUAAAUAACAAAGUGAAAAAGUCUAUUGAGCUGAAAAGGGGUAUGAAGAAAAAAUCAAGAAAGAGAAAACAUAACGAAUAAAUAAAGUUACUAAUUUAAUUACCCAUUCAAACGGAAUUAUAAGAAUUAUUU